AUGCUAGGAUCGGCUAUCCUUCAACAUUCUCAGGGAAUUUUUAUCGCUGUACUCUAUUGUUUCCUGAAUGGUGAGAUCCAAAACGCUCUCAAGAGACAAUUGUCAAAAGUUCCCAUAGAAUUUUUCAAGCCAAGACAUCGAUUCGAAACUGAACGGACGUACGUGCCAGAAAACCGUAAUGUUACUAAGCACGGUGUACCUAUGGAGGAAUUGAACGGUACGAAAAAAGCCCCACAAGAAACGACCCCGCUCAAUCAG